CCACGUCAACAGUACCACGUCAGUAGUGCCACAGUGCCACAUCAUCAGUGCCCCGCCACCAUGACGGGCUCAGUUCUGGGCAUGCCAGGCCAACUCGCCAAUGAGUCCAUUGUCGAGUACCGACAACGUUUCGAAGCUCAGCUCGCACUGAUCGAGGCUGAGGAGCAGCGUCAGGCGGCAGCCAAGGCUGCCCGCCUACAAGCUGAAGCGGCGGCAACAACUGAAAAGCAGCGGCUUCAAACCGAAGUAGAAGCAGAUACCCAGGCACGCCGCAAGGAGGCCCAGGAUCUGCUACAGCGGCAUGAAGCCACUAGCAUCGAAAAGCUCAAAUUUUGGCAUUUUGAACCAUCUGAGCAGCACGAAGAUGCGACAUCGGAGGAGCAGCACAAGGAGUUUCUGGCCAAACUCGUGACCCGGUUGGUUUACACUUGUAACCACCUGCAGUCCGAGCUGGCGAAUCUCCGACGGGCGGUGCGGAACCACAAGGAUCUGCACGAGGAUGCUACACGGGCACUCGAUUCCCGUGUACAAGACUUGGAGCAAGUAGCACCAAGACCAGAUGUUGGCGCGGCCAGCAGUGCACCCUCUACCCGCCAAUUAGUGGAACGAGUUGACCUUGUCGUCGCAAUGCUCGACGACAUCAGCACCUUCGCUGCACCAGCCACCAUCAGCAAGCAGCUGGACACCUUGGAGAUCGAGGUUCACCAAAUGCACCAGUGGCCCAACAAGGAUGGCAACACCAGUGCGCAGCACUACAAGAUGCCGACAUUCCAAAUCGAAAAGUUCGAUGAUUAUACGCAUCAAGACCCGGUCCCCUGGUGGGAGGGCUUUACGGCGCAACUUCGGAUUCUUUUCGUCCCCGAGCACUCGUACAUCGGCGCGUUGUUCCUUAACUCAAAGGGCGGAUGCCAGAUCUGGCUCAGCCACCUAGCAACCAUUCACGACGUCCAGGUCGCAGAUCUCCAUGAUAAGAUCUCUUGGGAAGAAUUAACAAGGCUAUGGAAGAAGCGGUUCAUCGUGGAGGACGCCCUGGCGAUCGCCAUCAACCGCCUCUUCGCUAUGACACAAGGCAACACAUCGACACGCGACUGGCUCACGGAAUGGCAAAAGAUCGCGGCGACGCCCGAUCUUGAAUUGCCAUUUUCGCAUAUGCGCCGGGAAUUCUACAACCGGUCAUGUGUCGCCUUGAGCCUUGCACUUGGUGAUCGCGAGCAAUACGCGACAUUCGCCAAAAUCAUCGCAAGGCAAGGGAGAUCAUCAAGACCAAUAGGGCGGCUGCAAAUGAGAAUACCAAAUCUGUUGAUGGACGUCGGAGUAGAGGUUGUCGACCUUCACGACUACAUUGCGAAGAUCGACCGCGAGUUGAAGACACAACGAUACGACGACAUCGACGCGCCAUUGUUGUACAUAUGCAUUCAGAUUGGAGAGGCGACCUACAACGCUUUGAUCGAUUGCGGAGCUACUCGCAACUACAUGAUCCAAGACUUUAUGGUCCGCGCUGGACUUGGGCCACACGUUCGGAGGAAGUCGCAGCCCACACAAGUCACGUUGGUCGACGGUCACACGCACAAGUCAAUCGACCGGUGCAUUGAUGCCGUCCCCGUGUACCUUGCCCCGCAUGCAAGCGAGGCCGUGUCCUUCGAUAUUUUGGACACCAAGUUCGACAUGAUCUUGGGCAUGUCAUGGCUGCGAAGCGAGGAUCACUCGGUGAACUUCUACCGCCGCACCGUUCACGUUCCCACGUUCCAAGCGGCUAUGACUACGGAGUUCCGGCACAUGCUGGAUAGAUUCGUACUCAUCUACCUCGACGACAUCUUGGUGUAUAGCCGGAGUUUGGAUGAGCAUGUGGAGCACCUGCGCACCGUUUUGGAGCGGCUACGACAAGCCAAAGCCAACCGCGACAGAUGCGAAUUCGCUCGGCAAGAGCUGGAGUAUUUGGGACAUUAUGUGGCACCGCAAACCAUCCGUCCGCUUGCGGACAAGAUCGAGGUCAUCCGCGUAUGGCCCGAGCCCACCAACACCACGGACGUUCAUUCAUUCAUGGGGACGCUUCAUCACCGGGUACUCAAAAGGAUUGCUGCACCUAUGACGAGAUUACAAUCGCCAAAGGUGCCAUUCGUAUUCGAGGACGACGCACGCCGGUCAUUCCAAGCACUCGAGACCGCCAUGCUCAUGGCACCCGUCCUUAGCAUCUACGACCCCACCCUGCCAACGAGAGUGACAAUCGACGCUUCCGGCUAUGGCAUUGGGGCAGUCUUGGAACAACACGACGGUGACGAUUGACACCCCAUGGAGUAUUUCAACCACAAAGUGUCUCCCAUCAAUUCACUUGAUGAUGCAAGGAAGAAGGAGCUGCUCGCGUUCGUGAUGGCUSUCAAGCGAUGGCGGCACUUCCUACUUGGGCGUCGUAGGUUCACAUGGGUCACGGACAACAACCCAUUGACCUACUACAAGACGCAGGAUACGGUGAGCAGCACGAUCGGACGAUGGAUGUACUUCAUCGACCAAUUCGGUUGCACACCGAAACAUCUCCCCGGCCUCUCCGAUCGCGCAUCAGAUGCACUCUCGCAAAGACCCGAUCUUUGCGCUAUGACACAUC